AUGGUGGCUGGCAAAGUAAUUGUAUCUGUAACUUCCCUCAUUUUGGUGGUCGGGGUUGUCAUUGGUGCGGUCGUCGUUGUCCAGAAAAAUGGCAGUUCCAAAAGUGAUGAAAACUUGACACCACACAUGAAGGCUGUAACGCAAAUGUGUGCACCAACUGAUUACAAGGAGGCAUGUGUGAAGAGCUUGAGCUCCGUAAACAAUACCAACCCGAAGGAGCUCUUCAAGGCUGCAAUCAUGGCCACAGCAGAGGCCGUCAAGAAAUCACUCAACAUUUCUGACUCAAUUGUGGUUGAUACCACAAAGGAGCCACGAGUCAAGAUGGCUGUGGAUGAUUGCAAGGACUUGAUGGACUUUGCGGUCCAAGAGCUUCAAGCAUCGUUUAGUUCUGUUGGCGAUAGUGAAAUGCACACAAUGCAGGAUCGUGUAGCCGAUCUCAAAAACUGGUUUAGUGCUGUCAUUUCUUAUCAGCAAUCUUGCUUGGACGGAUUUGAUGAUCCGACGAAGACAGACCCCAACCAGUCUCACCCAGUUAAGGAUCAAUUGAGUAAUGGUAUGCUUGACGCAAGUCAAUUAACUAGCAAUGUUUUGGCUAUUGUUGAUGGCUUAGCAAAUAUUCUUGAGAAAUUUAAUCUCAAGUUUGAUAUCCCUGGAACCAAUACCGGACGUAGGCUUCUCGAAGAAGACGAGUACCCAGAAUGGGUCUCUGGUGCAGACCGUAAGUUGUUAGCCAAGGUUGACAAUGGAGCUAUCAAGCCCAAUGCAGUUGUGGCUAAGGAUGGUAGUGGCCAAUUCAAGACCAUUGGCGCAGCUAUUGCUGCAUAUCCCAAGAACUUCAAGGGCCGAUAUAUUAUCUAUGUCAAGGCUGGAAUUUAUGACGAGUACAUUACUAUUGACAAGAAGACGGUGAAUGUGUUCAUGUAUGGUGAUGGACCCAGGAAGACCAUUGUUACUGGAGCAAAGUCUUAUGCUAAGGGCUUUGGAACCAUGCAGACAGCCACUUUCUCUGCUGUUGGAGAGGGAUUUAUGGCAAAGUCCAUGGGGUUUCAGAACACUGCAGGUGCUCAAGGACACCAGGCUGUGGCUCUUCGUGUGCAAUCCGAUAGGUCUGUGUUCUUCAAUUGUAGAAUCGAUGGUUACCAAGACACCUUGUACUACCAUGCUCACAGACAAUUCUACCGCAACUGCGUCAUCUCUGGCACCAUCGAUUUUAUCUUCGGUUACGGUGCUGCAGUAAUUCAAAACUCAUUGAUCAUCCUUAGGAGGCCAAUGGAUAACCAAUUCAACACAGUGACUGCAGAUGGCAGGGCUGAGAGGCACUUGGCCACAGGACUUGUAAUCCACAACUGCAGGAUUGUCCCAGAGCAGAAGCUUGUCGGCGACAGGUUCAAGAUCCCAUCAUACUUGGGCAGACCAUGGAAACCAUACUCUAGGACCGUUAUCAUGGAGUCCACCAUUGGAGAUGUGAUCAAACCAGAAGGCUGGUUCCCAUGGUCAGGAAACUUUGCUCUUGACACUCUUUACUAUGCUGAGUACGCCAACCGGGGACCCGGUGCCAAGCUCGACAAGAGAGUCAGGUGGAAGGGCUACCGAGGAGCUAUCGCCAGGAAUGAAGCUCUUCAGUUCACCGUUGAUGCUUUCAUUCAAGGUAGCCAAUGGAUUAGAGGAUCAGGAGUUCCUAUGUUGGCUGGGCUGAAACACUAAGCAUUUAAACGACCACACAAGAAAAAUAAA